GGGGCCCAAGUUUAAUGAGCCUGCCCCUAUAAGAUCCUGAGAUGAAAUCACAUGAUGUGGGAGAGAGAGGAACAGAUUUGCUAUGAAUGGGAGAUGACAACAGGCUCACACAGACACAGGGACAUGCUCAUGCUUCUCUAGCCUUUGCUGUAGCGUGCAUGACUACCGCUGCAGUCAUAACGAUGUAAGAGAGGAGAACAAGAGUGAAGCAGGCAGGGCGGGGCAGGGAGGCAGGAGAGGGAGGAAGCUGCUCAACAGACGACCAGAGGGAAAGGAGGAGGGAGAGAGAGAGUGUAUCCACAGGACGCGAGUGCUGGCAGCAGAGGAGGAGGGGGGCUUCCAGACUGGAUGGGCCCAGCAAUGCCUUGAUGGAGUAUGGGCCAGGUUUUAGGAUUCUCCCACUGCCAGGAAUAUGGCUCUGUGGCGUCCACUCCAGACUCAACACCUCCAUGCACUGAUGGCGGAAAUGAGGAGUCUGAGAUGUACGAGCUGCAAACAGCCAGGGAGUGGUCUGACGAUGAGGACGGGGGAGAUGGAGGUCCAGAUGAUGACGAGGGAUUGGCUUCAUCCCCGUCCAUCUGGGGCACGCCGCGUCAGAACUCCUUUGAGCUGACUUUCUCUUACAUCGCCAUCGCCGAGCCAGAAGCGGUGGGAGCAUCGCGACACCUCCGUGACCGACGCAGGGGCGGCUCUCGGGGAAGCCGCACUCCUUUGAUCCGCACGGACACCCUGGAAACACUGUUGGACUCCCCCGAUGUGGACUGGGACCCUCAAGCCUUCCUUAGCCGAGAGGAAGAAGAGGAAGCCUCAGAAAGGAGAGAGCAGGAGAGGGUCGAGGCGAGUGUAGCGGAGAGGAGGGAGCAGCACAGACAAAUUGAGACUAUUACAGUCCAGCCCUCUCACCAAAAUCUGGACCCAGAAACUCAGGGGAGAGACGCAGGAAUCCAAAGAGAUGAGACCCCGAGCAGUCUGAACCAGAUUGAUCAGCCUCCCUCUCCGUCCCUGUCUUCCCAGCAUCAGACCUCCUCACAGAUACUUCAGGCAACAGCUUCACAGACCCCCGAGCCAGAGUCCCCAAUCACAAGGGAAACCAUUUCAGUCAAGCUGCUCACAUCUGUGCGACCCAGAGAUCCAGCGUCCUCAUCAUCAGCUGCCAUUGGUCUGAACUCUCAGGAACAGCUGGUCAGCGAUCACUGGUUUUCAGCAUAUAACCUAUCAGAGGACCCAACAGUAUGCACCCACAUAGCAGUAAUGGACCUGAUCUACUGGAAGGACACGGAGCGAACAGGCAUGGUGCUAACAGGGUUAGUGGUCGGCCUGCUGUCCCUGUUCCAGCUCAGCAUCAUCACUGUGGUCUCCACAGUCUCCCUGGCUGUCAUGUGCUUUACCAUCUCAGUGCGCAUCUACUACCAUGUCCUCUACAUCCUCAGCUGGGGCGAUGGAGAACACCCCUUCAAGUCAUACUUGGACCUGGACAUCAGUUUCAGUGGAGAGGAGGCUGACCUCUAUAUGCAGAAAGCAAUCGUCAUGGUUCUGUCUGCUGUUGACACUCUGAAAGGACUCUUUUUUGUGGGAAACCUCUUUGAGUCCCUCAAGCUCCUCGUCCUGAUGUACCUUGUGACGUACCUGGGAGACUUGUGCAAUGGCCUUACUCUGUUCAUCAUCAGUGUGAUCGCUCUCUUUUCUCUGCCACUUUUCUACAGACAACGCCAGGAGCGGGUGGACAGCUUCAUUGCAAAAAUCCAGGCCCGCAUUGACAGUGUCAAGGACACCUUUCAAAGACUCGCCCAAGGGGGUGGCCCUCCUCCUGACCCAACUCCCGGUGGCGCCAAACCCAAAACCCAGUAAACACUGAUGGACAAGAACUUAAAGAAAAGCUCCCAGAGUUACAGGCUGCCACUUGGAUGUCUUACCCAGCUGUCUGUGCUCAAAACUCCAGAGACUGGGGAAGGGAAGGGAGGUUACUUAAACAGACAAUGAUGAUGAUCACGCAUGGUACUUUAUACUCUACCUGUAUCUAAGUUAUGGGGUUAGAGGUUCAGGGUUUGGGUUUAAAUUUAAUCAAGAUGUAUGAAUCCUGGAUGAGACACUUGCAUGUGACCAUCCUUGGAAAAAAAAUUUUUUAAUGUCUUAGGUGGUUUAGAGCUGUCGUCCAAAUGAGGUACCAAGACCAGAAAUGGGAAGUUCCCACACCAACUGCUAGAAGCCAGUUGUGAAGGUGAUUUAAGUGAGGGGACAAAAUCUGGGGUCAUCAUUAUUCAUGGCAGCAUAAAACUAUUAAGGAUGCAUGUGUCAGCACAUGUACUUUUCUGAAUGCAUAUUCAUUCUCAUGACAGUUUGUGUGUGAAUGCAAGUAUGAUUGUGUGUGUGUGUGUGUGUUUGUGUGUGUGUGUGUGUGUGUGUAAUUCCUGUCGUACAGCUUGCUGAAAUGAAACCUAAAAGCAAUUAAAGUCACAUUUCUUCUUUAUUUUUCCAA